AUGAAGGAUACACAACGUGUUAUGUGUCCAAAUGAAAUUCAAUGUCGAUCGCCAUUAUUUCGAGAAUUCAAUUGCCCUACUUCGAUUUAUCGUAGUUUCGAUGAGAUUUUGUUUCAUGAAAUAUGUGAUCGAAUCGUUGAUAUAGUACCUGUAACAAUUAAUGGACAAAAUCAUACAGAUGAGACUGAUUGUCAAGACUGCCACUGCAAUACUAUUUAUACACGAUGUAAUGGCAUCCGAAAUUGCCCUAACGGAGAAGAUGAAGAGAAUUGUACGGGAUCGAUUUGCCCUUCAAGAUUUAUUCCAUGUGUUUCUCCAUACAAUUUUACAUUGACCUGUUUACCAGUUAAUCAAGUUAGUGAUGGUUUCAUUGAUUGUCUUGGAGCAUCAGAUGAGCUUCAAUAUUGUCGAAAAGUGAAUGCUUAUACAGCAAUUUAUCAGUUUCAUUGUUUAAAUAGUACAAAAUGUGUGAAAUCUUCUGAAUUAUGUAAUUCAGUUCAAGAUUGUCCUUUAGGUGAUGACGAAGAAUUUUGUAAAAAUCGAUCACAAUUAUGUACCCGAUACAAAUUACCGAAUCGUAGCCAUGUGCAAGACGUACUGUGUCGUAUUUUUGACACAAAAAGAAUCACAUUUACACUGCAAGGAUCUCAAAUCUAUCCUCAUAAUCAUAUGAAAAUGAUUUCUUCUCACCCAACUUGGCCAGUAAAACGAUAUGACCAUAAUGCAAAUCGGAACAACAUGAUAUCCAAAUAUUUCACAUGGCUGGUACGUUGUAAGAGAGGUAUUCCCGUUUAUCUUUGGUCGAAGUUGAAGAAUUACAGUUACAGAUGUUUUUGUCCACACAAUUAUUAUGGUGAUCGUUGUCAAUAUCAAAAUCAACGUGUCAGUUUUACAUUAACAUUAGCAACAAGUGGUAUAAACGGUAUUUAUUCCGUUGUUAUCACCCUUGUUGAUGACGAUGAUAAUCAACAAGAAAUUAAUUCAUAUGAUCAAGUUACUUAUGUGCCUGAAAUGAAUUGUAGAAAACCAAUUAACAGCUAUCUCAUAUAUUCGACUCGACCAAAGAACAAUUCGAAAAACUAUAGUAUUCGUGUUGAUGCAUUCGAUAAGGCUUCAUUGGCAUAUCUCGCUAGUUGGCAUUUGAAUAUUCCAUUUCUUUUUCUACCUGUCAAUCGACUAGCUGCCAUGAUCACUAUCCCAUCUUAUAGACCUUUGAGUUUGAAUAAUUGUGCCUUUUCAUGUUACAAUGGUGUUUGCACGAAAUAUAUUAACAAAGAAAAAUUCUUUUGCAAAUGCUAUUCAGGUUGGUCCGGAAUUCAAUGUCAUCUACGUGCGUAUUGUAGUGAUUGUUCGUCUGACUCGAUUUGUGUUGGUUCAAUAGCAAAUCGAUCGAUUUGUGUUUGCCCUUUGAAUAAAUUUGGGCCACGGUGUUUUCUCAAAUAUUUAUGUCCGAACAACUAUUGCAAAAAUAAUGGUCAAUGUGUUGUUCUUGAUCAACGAAUGACUGAAGAAAGCUUCUUUUGCUUUUGUUCUGAACAGUUUUAUGGAUCACAAUGUGAACAUCCUAAGGGGGAGCUACGUAUUUUCUUUCACAAUAUGGUUGUUCCAUCGUAUCUAUUUGUUAUUAUGUUUUUAAGAACUGGUUCUGAAUCACCGAUACCAUUAUCGACAAUAUUGCUAAAAUUAACUAUGUUUCAAGAUCAAAUAAUAUUAUACCCAGAUUAUUGGUUUCAAAUUGUUUUUGUAAAAAUUGAUAAUAAUUAUUAUUUAGCUGUUCUUCAAGAAUUUCAAGUGUCAAAUAUUUCAACUUCGAUCGGUCCCGAUCGACGAUGUCUGUCAAUAGAUGAGCUUCUCAAUUCUUCACAAUUGACUAUGCCUAAAAUUCAACGAGCAAAAUUCUAUCAUAUUCCAUGUCAGAUUUAUCUUGGUCUUCAAUGUUUUUUUGACGAAUCUUACAUGUGUUUCUGUACUCGAGAACGUCAUGCAAAUUGUUUCAAAUUUUCUUAUGCAAAACAUUUUCUCUGUCACUAUAAUAUUCACUGUUACAAUGGAGGAACAUGUUUACAAGAUAGAUCUGUAUGUAGUUUUAAUACAAUAUGUAUUUGUAUGGAUUGUUUCUUUGGUGAUCGAUGCCAAUUUUAUGCUAAAGGUAUUGGAUUAACACUUGAUGAUAUGUUACGUUAUGCAAUUCGACCGUAUAUAAAUUUUAAUGAUCAACCAUAUUUAGUUAAAGUAAACGCUAUUCUUAUAACGAUUAUGCUUAUCAUGGGUUUAUUCAAUAGCAUUUUAUGCUUUUUGACAUUUUAUAGUCAAGAAUCACGGGAAGUCGGGUGCGGUAUAUAUAUAUUUGCAUCAUCAAUUACUUCUGCUCUUGAAAUAACUAUGUUAACAAUAAAAUUUUGGUUUGUUAUCAUAAGUCAAAUGAAUUUAUCAGUCAAUCGUUCUACUCUUCAUAUGGGAUGCAUUCUUCUUGAACCGGCUCUCAACCUUUUUUUAUAUAUGAAUAAUUGGUUAAAUGCUUGUGUGGCCACAGAAAGAGCAGUAACUGUAUUCAAAGGCAUUCAUUUCGAUAAGAUUAUGAGUAAAUCUGUAGCUCGAUGGAUAGUUCUACUCGUAGCAUGUCUUAUUACAGGUACAAUCAUUUACGAAUCAUUAGAUCGAGGUUUGUUCGAAGAUCGCGAAGAACAACGUGUUUGGUGUGUAACUCAUUAUUCUGAAACUGUCAAACAUUUCAAUAUAGCUGUUCUAAUCAUUCAUUUUCUUACACCAUUCGGUGUCAAUCUCUUAUCAGUGAUCUUCAUUGUUUCUGCAAUUACUCAUCAACGAGCAAUGAUUCGCACUCAACAUAACUAUACACGACAUCUUCGUGAACAACUCUAUCGACAUAAACAUUUAAUUAUCAGUCAGCUUAUUGUAGUCAUCCUAUCACUUCCUCGUUUCAUAACAUCAUUAUUCACUGGAUGUGUCAAAGACUCGCAUAAUUCAUGGUUAUACAUAUCUGGUUAUUUAAUUUCGUUUCUACCAUCAGCUAUUAUGUUUAUUGUAUUUGUCUUACCAUCAAAUCGUUACAGGAGACAAUUUAAAAGAUCGAUAGAAAGUCUACAACAAUUAUACAGUUGA